AUGGACGGAUCCUCUGUCGUUCGCGGGGGAUCCGCCGCUCAGAGCCCGACAAGCCCGGCCAGCUCCCGACACGGCAACGGCGGCCCCAAGCGCAAGAGAAGCACAGGAGUGCCCGCCCACCUCGAGAGCAGCCCAGGCAGCGGCAACGAGGAUGAGCUUGGCGAUCCCGACAAGAAGCGCCAGCCCGGCGUCAAGCGAGCCUGCAACGAGUGUCGCCAGCAAAAGCUCCGCUGCAAUGUCGUACAGGACCCCUUCCAGAGCUGCUCUCGCUGCAUCCGCCUCAAGCUCGAAUGCAAGAUCGAGUCCAACUUCAAGCGCGUAGGCAAGCGCUCCAAGCAUGCCGAGAUGGAAAAGGAAAUUGAUCGACUCCGACGGAACUUGAAUCGUGCCCAAGCCCAAGGAUACUCAAUGGACGACGGCGACGAAGUUGCCUCGCCUGCUACCACCACUCCAAAUUAUAAUCAUACCCGCCAUCCCUCUCUCAUCUCCGACGAAGCUGUCAAUUCCCUUCUUCAUCUCAAGCGCGGAGGUGGCAGCUACGGCUUGCCGCAUUACUCCCAUGAGCUCGAGACCGUCCGCUUAACUGACGAGCACGUCACACACCUCUUCAACGAGUUCUUCGCCUUCUACCACCCCUUCCUCCCAUUCUUGAAUCCUGCCCAGCCUCCCGACCAGUACUUCCAAUACCACCCACUCUUAUUCUGGUCCAUCAUUGCUGUCGCUGCCCGACGAUUUAGCCCAGAAGGCUCCCCGGAUCUGAUCAAGAAUCUGUCUGACCCAUUGACUCGAUUCCUAUGGACCACCAUCGGCGAGGUCCCGAGCAACUAUCAUGUUGUAAAGGCAAUGUGUUUAUUGUGCGCAUGGCCUCUGCCCACCAGCACCACGUCUUCAGAUCCUACUCACAUCCUGUGCGGUGUCAUGAUGAAGACGGCCACUGGCAUUGGCCUACACCGUCCAAACAAUAUCCAAGACUUUUCUCGAACCUCGGUCGAGCUCAACAGGGAACAACUAUCAGAUCGUGUCACAACCUGGGCCGUCUGCAACAUUGUCGCCCAAAAUGUCGGCACGGGCUACGGCCAACCCGCCUCGACUCUCUACGACUGGACCUUGGCUUUGCGCCCCGGAGACGACGCCGCCUUUCGCUUGACCCCCGAACUCGAAGCCCGCUUACAGAUUGAGCGUUUCUGCGACAAGGUGUCCAAGGAAAUGUACAGCAAUGCGAGUGAUCCUAGAGGCGUUGCAGGUGACGAGCAUCGCGCCAUGUUGAUGCGCGUCUACCGUCGAGACUACGCCGAGCUUCAUGCCUCGGUCAUGUCUCAGAAUCUCGGUCCCAUUGUUGGCCUUCAUUUGCGAGCAGCUGGACUGCACAUGCGAUUGGCCGGUUUCUUCGACUCGAGCAAAACUCCAGGCUACAUGGACGACCUCGUAGGCCUCUGGCGCGCGACGACCAGCUUCCUUGAUGAACUUUUGGAAGCUGACAAGGUUACGUCGCCGCGCGAUAAUUUCCACGGUACAUUUCUUCUCUACGCGACCAAUUUCAUCCAACAAAUGCUGGUCGCUGCCGCUUUUACUGUUCUCAAGCUCAUGCGAUCAUUCUUCGCCAAGACGAUUGAUUUCCAUCGUGGCCGCCACCUUUUCCAUCUUUCUAUUCGUGCCAUCCGACAGACCAGCGUUGUCAACAAUGAUCUCCAAUGGCGUUUGGCCGAACUAAUGGUACAGAUGUGGAAUGGUGCGCGCUUGGACAGCAGUAACCCGGCUUUCAACCGCGAGGACGAGACACCGAUUCAGAUGGACGAUAGCCUGCAGCUCAAGGUCCGUUGCCGUCACAGUAUGAGUCUGGUUUUCGACUCUGUCUGGAGAUGGCGAGAGGAAUACCAAGCAAAUGGGCGCGGCUCCUUGGAGGGUGCCGCCAUGAAGAACCCGACCAACCCAGAUUCCGCCAACGAGUCCUCGGCCACCUCUUCUCAGCUCGACAGCACGCUCAUGACUAUACCUACGCCCGCGCCCAACAUGCUCACUACGACUGCUGCUCUGACGCCAGGCGCGACAGGCCUUUCGGCGGCGACGCCUGUGACUUCCAACCCAAUGAUUGGUGGUGGUGGUGUCAACUACGGCGACGCCAACUUUGACUUUUUCGAUCCUCAGCAUUGGAUGCUGGACGGCCUUUUGGAUUUCAACUAUUCAUUUGUGCCUCCUCUUGAAGGUGCUUAG